UGUUUCUCAGUGGGCAUAAAUUCUCUUACUUCAAAAUAAAAUUAACACGUUGCUUCUUUAUUGUAGUGGGAAGACCUUUGAGGCUACAGAAGUUGUACUAUAUGUGCAUAGCCUUGUGCUGGGUACUGACAGUCCUCUUCUGGAUGUACUUCGGACUGUACUACUUCCUCGACAAGUUCGCCGGCGACACGUGCGCGGCCCUCGAGGAGUACAAGCUGAACCCCAAGAACAGCAUGCUGGGCGCCAUCAUACCCUGCAGCGAGAAGAUGUCCGGCAGCGUCAUCCUGCACGAUGUUGGUGCAGGCAUACACGACAUCAUAGACCAGAUCCUGCGGAGGCUGACGUGCUCGGAGUUGGGCGGUGGCGCCAACUGUGCGCCGGCCGACCUCUCGUCGGCGAUCGACUACGACAAGGUGCAGACGUACACGAGCUCCAUCCAGAACGUGCUGGACAUCUUCCCGGGCACGGAGCGGCUGGUGAGCUGCGAGCUGGUGAAGGCCGGCUUCGCGGACAUCGUGGGCAACCAGUGCGCGCCGCUGCGGCGCGGCGCGCGGGCGACGUGGGCCGCGCUCGCCGCCCUGUCGACGGCCAUGGCACUGCUCGUGCUCGCCUCGGUGGCGUGCGGCGGCGUUGGGGGGUCGCGCCACGCUGGCGACGACCGCCACUUGGUGCGGCACCUCACGUCGUCGUCCAACUCGGAGGUAUCGGAGACCGAGUUCGCCGAGAUGCACGCCAAGAAAGUGCGAGUGAAGAUCGUCGGGCCGUGAGAGGGAGGUCAAAUUAUUUUUGCUGUGCUCUUUGCUAUUUGCAGGUGAUUGUUGGGAGAGAGUAUACGGCCGGUGGGAGAGACUGGUCCCGGAGAGAUCAUCCAUCGCCGGCGCGCCAUUGACGCGAAAUUUUUGCUUUCUUUUCGUGCGUGGUUGUCACACCUGCAUCCCACUGAUGAUGCAGUGGACAAGGAAAGAGUGGACCCACUCGCCAGACAUGUAGGCCCACGGGCAGAGCUGUGUGUGUGUGGUUACUUAAGUGUGCGUGGUAGGCAGAGAGAGGGCAUGUGUGUAUUGAGUGAACUCUGUAUCUCACCUAACCUUCUCUGUAUCUCACCUCCUUCUCCUGUACCUCACCUUCUUUCUCAAGCAACAAGCUGAACUCGAUCUAUUUUCCCGAUGCACCCUUGUUUCGAUCCUAGCAACCCUGGGUUCGUUACAAACUGGUAAUCAGAGCCAACUUCCCUUUUCCCCC